AUGCGCCCUUUCUUCCGCCUGGGCGCGCUCUGCAGCGAGUCUCCAGUGCUCGUGGCGCUUUGCGCAUUACUUUGCAGCCUGUUCUUAUGUCUAGGUCUACUGGACAUGCAGCUGCAGACAGAUCCUCAAGGUCUCUGGGUGCCUCCAAACAGCGUCGCGGCCCAGGAACAAGCGCGCUUUGACGAGCUCUUUGGACCUUUUUUCCGCAUCCAGCAACUCAUUUUUUACAUCGACGACUCAAUUUCCAAAUUAGGCUCCAAUUUGGACCCUGAUUUUGCAACGUGUGACUCGGCCGAGGAUUUAGUCCAGCGCCGAUUUUUGCUACCGAUGGCUCAAAUCCAGACACAAAUCACAAACGAUACCGUCGUCUAUAGUGGUACGGAUGACGCAAAUGUAUCCUUGAGUUUGGCGGACUUUUGCUACCGGCCGAUCCAAGGGAAGGGGUGUUUAAUCACGAGUCCGUUCCAGUAUUGGCUGAGCAACGCCACGUUGCUGCAAAAUGACCCGGACAUCAAGUUAACGGCAGCGUGCCAGACGACAGACCCGGAGCUCAAGUCCCGUUCGCCAUGCAUGGACGAGAAUGGCGUCCCAGUGAUGAGAAACGUGGUUUUCGGUGGACUGGCAAGAGACGAGUGCCACAUAAAUCCAGACCCGUGCGGAGAAGCGACUCCUAAAGCCAAGGCUUUGAUUGUCACGUUCUUACUGAAUAGCAAGCCGGAGAACGAAACGUACACGCGAUACGUUGAGUUGUGGGAGAAAGAGGUCUUUCUCAAGACGGCGGAACGAGCAGCACAAUCGUUGAUGCCUUCGAAGAAGGAUAGCGGUGACGAGUACAUAUGGGACGGUGUGGAAGACCAGCAGCUGGCAGACGCUGGCGUCGAUGGCGUGAGACUCACGUACAUGGCUGAACGAUCUGUUGCUGACUCGUUGGUGGUGCAGACUAGACAAAAUGCUUUCAUUGUUGUGGUGAGCUAUCUGGUGAUGUUUUUCUACGUGUCCGCUUCGCUAGGCAAAUUUCAGGAUCCAGUGCACUCGCGCUUCGGACUUGGCUUUACCGGUAUUGUGAUUGUGCUCCUGUCGCUUGGUGCUGCGAUGGGCGUAAGUUGUGCAAUAUUGCAGAUGGAAGUGACGAUGAUCACGCUCGAAGUCGUGCCAUUUUUGGUGCUUGCGAUCGGUGUGGAUAACAUGUUCAUCCUAGCAAAUGAAUUUGACCGCCUGGCAGCACUGCGUGGCCUUAUGACGCUCAAUAAAAACCGCCACAUGCGUGAUCAAGCUGAGGAUGAGUUGUUGCUGCUAAAGCGAGUUACAGGAGAAGCUAUGCAGAAUGUCGGACCGUCAAUUGCGGUGGCGGCGGUAACUGAAGCAUUGGCUUUUUCAGUGGGUGCGCUCACGCGGAUACCAGCGCUUACAAGCUUCUGUGUUGUGGCUGGGUUGGCGGUCCUCGUCAACUUCUUGCUUCAAAUGACGUGGUUUGUCGCAGCGCUUGUGCUGGACACACGCCGUGUGCGAGCCCGGCGGUACGAUCUGUUCCCGUGGAUCCAGCAAACGCCCAUUUUCACGUCAGUAAGUAAGGAAAGUAAAAAAAGUGAGUCGGAGGUUCACUAUCAGUACGAAUCUCUCGUCGAUGACAGCGCUUCUGUUGAAGAGGUUUCGACACGUCCGAGUAGUUCCGGGGUUAUUCAGCGUUUUGUGGUGAAGACGUACACUCCGUUCUUGUUGCGACGAUCCACCAAAAUACUGGUGCUCAUGGCCGGCUUCUCGAUAUUGACACUGAGUGCCUUUGGUUCAUCAAAACUUCAUCUCGGGCUAGAGCAAGAGCUUGCGGUACCUACCGACUUUUAUCUACAUGAGUACUUUAAACGGCAGACCGCGCUCGGUGAAGCUGGUCCCCCGGCGUACAUCGUCCUUGACGGCACAGUGGAUUAUACCGAUGGGAAGCAGCAGGGGGAUCUAAAUGUUCUACUGGACGAGCUCUCGGGCUUGCGCGAGUACAUUGAGCUACCGAUUUACUCGUGGUUGCACACGUUUAAUCAGUGGCGCCAAAUGCGCUUCUUCCUUCAAGACAAGAUCGACCAAGGUCUGUGCGACUGCCCGAUCCAACCAAUGGACCCAUUUCCGUACGAGCUCGCGGAUGUCGUGGAUAGUGACGUUUUCCUGCCCGCCUCUCUUGAACAUUAUGUAUCAGCUGCAGCGAACGUGACUCCGAACGCGCUGUUUUACCCGUUAGUGAAGAAGUUUACCAAAAUCUCGAUUGAAUCGUCGUGCUGUCAACACUUUGGACUUUGUGGUGCGCAGUACGAAGGCGACAUCGUGUUUAAUGAAACGAACAUUGACGAGGACAGCAAUGCAAACAGCCUAACGAUUACCGGCUCUCGGAUGCGGUUUCAGCUGAAUGCGAUGCGAAACCAGUCUAUAUUUGUGAACUCGUACUACUACCUGCACGAUGUGACUAGUGCCUGGAGCUCCGGUCGAGCCGCUACUGCUUUCCCGUAUGCUCUUGUGUUUGUAUUCGAAGAGCAAUACACAUACAUUCAAGGAGUAGCGUUGCAGAGUAUGCUGUUGGCAUUGGCUGUCGUAUUUGCUGCGGUAUUUGUGCUUAUGGAUGGGAGCUUACGCUUGGCUGCUGUCGUCACUUUUUGUGUCUCGUCGAUGGCGUUUUCGCAGUUGGGGUUCCUUUUCGUGUGGAACCUGCUAGCGGGACCUCGUGCUGAAACGGCCAUCAAUGCAAUCUCGGUGGUCAAUCUUCUUGCUUGCAUCGGACUAGGCGUCGAGUUCUGUGUGCAUAUGGCUCAUCAGUUUUCGCUCUCAAGGAGACGGCAUGUCGAAAGUACUUCCGACGACCAUACGCGCUAUGCUCUGACCAGUGUCGGUGCGUCAAUCUUUUCGGGCAUCACACUGACCAAGUUUUGUGGUAUCGGUGUGCUUGCAUUCGCACCGUCCAUGCUAUUCCGAGUAUACUUUUUCCGGAUGUAUUUGGGUAUCGUCUUGCUGGGCUGUUUCCACGGGUUGGCACUGUUGCCAGUGCUGCUCAGUCUGCUUGGCCAGCCUCAGAAGUACCCGAACGAUCUCGGCUCGUUUCUGCUGUCUGAAGAACGCGGCGAUGAGUUCGAAGAUGAACCUGACUUACUCGAGUAG